AUGCUCAAUUUCCCCCAUUCUCGCUCGUUCGCUCUGCCACUCCCUCUCCCCCCCCUUCUCGUCUACGCAGCGAGGGUGGAGGGUGCAGAAGGCGAAAAGAGAGCGGUUAUCAACUAGUCUACAUGUAUGUAUAUAUGUAUAUCCACUCAAGUUCAUCUGUGUCAGGCGCUACAACACGUCGUAGGAGGUUGAGGAUUGAGGACAUCGUGUCCAAAACAGAUGGGAUGGCAUUAAGAUGACCCAUACAGCAUGGGCCUAUCGUCCCUCGCCCCCUUGUGUCCGUGCAGCUCCACGACCACCGAAAAGAUAACGCGCCUUUGCCAGCAUUUGUGCGUGGGGUUUGUUGGGGAGGCGGACAUCGGGUUUGCUUCGGGUAUUCCUGGGUUCCCACGUUAAAUUGACACGAACAUUUUGGACUGAGAUAGAUUGACACCAAAAAAAGUGACGGUUGGCAAAUUGACACAAAAAAAGGUAACGGUUGGUAAAUUGACAUGAAAAAAUAUUCCGCCGCACGUUGCCUGGCGAAGGCCAGCAGCGGCGCAGCCUCAAGUUAAAAAAAAAUCAACCCCACAGCUGCACCGCUGCACGCCGUGAAACCCAACGAUCGCGCUCCCCCAUCACCGCACCCGACACGGAGCGAGGGGAUGGCGCGCCUUGCGCGAGGUAGAAUCCGCUACGAGUGGUAUGAUGAGUGCAUGCAGGUUCUACUGCUUGCUGUGUUGUGC